AACUCCAUGAAGGUGAUGUUCAAGUGCUUGUGGAAGAACUGUGAAAAGGUCCUCAGCACCUCUUCAGGGAUCCAGCGACACAUCCGCACCGUCCACCUGGGGUAAGGCACCAAUCAACCAAUCACAGAGCCAAAUACAGGUCAACUGCUGUAGAUAUCCAAUCACAAUUGUUGAAUGGGUAAUUGUUGUAACCAAUCAAUGCAUUCAGAUCACAUGAGGACCAAUAAGAGAGCAGAUAUUUAUUAUAUAGAGCCAUUAUUGCAUGGAACUCCCUUCCAUUUCAUAUUGCUCAAAUGAACAGCAUACCUGGUUUCAAAAAACCGAUAAAGCAACACCUCAGGGCACAACACCUCUCCCCUAUUUGACCUAGAUAGUUUGUGUGUGUGUAUUGAUAUGUAGGCUACAUAUCUAAAUUGAUGUAGUUCUGUCCUUAAGCUGUUCUUGUCUAUUAAUGUUCUGUAUUAUGUCAUGUUUCAUGUUUUGUGUGGACCCCAGGAAGAGUAGCUGCUGCUUUCGCAACAGCUAAUGGGGAUCCUAAUAAAAUACCAAAUACCAGAUAUAAUACAGUUCACUCUAUUAACUGAAGUUUUGUCAAAAUAUCUACUAUCAGUGAGGAGCUAGUAUUGUGGAGUAUGUGCGACAUUGGUAGCGCUGUCUCUCCAUGGGCUCUCAGUGUUUGUUAUAACUUCUUAAUAUGAUUUGGUUUGUUAGUCUAGGAUCCACUUACAAAGAGCAGGGUGGAGGAGGGAAGCAUAUCAACACAUGAGGAGGUUUCGCUGGUGUGUUUUUAUAGCUUCCUGUUGCUAUCCUGCACUCUCUGUCAGUCAUUAAAGGCUUUGACCAAUCAAGUCCAUAAGCUCAGUGGCUUUGAGGCCUGGGCAUCACUGCCCUCUGCUGGUUAGAGAAGACUCAGCUCCUCAUUUUAAAGCUUGUAGUGGCUUGGUAUGAAGUAAUAAUAAUAAUAAUAUGCCAUUUAGCAGACGCUUUUAUCCAAAGCGACUUACAGUCAUGCGUGCAUACAUUUUUUUUGUGUAUGGGUGGUCCCGGGGAUCGAACCCACUACCUUGGCGUUACAAGCGCCGUGCUCUACCAGCUGAGCUACAGAGGACCACAGUGAUAUAAGGCAUUAAAAGCAUUCAUUAUAAGCUGCUUCACGUAUGUCACACUCCUGCGAUGCAGGCGGAACUGCGACUCGGACUACAGCGACGGGGAGGAGGACUUCUACUACUCGGAGAUCGAGAUCAACAUGGACAGCCUAUCAGAGGGCUUGUCCAGCCUCACGCCCACCUCCCCCACCACCUCCGGCCCUCCCCCCAUUUUCCCCCCUGUCUCUCUCACCGCCUGUCUCCCUCGCUCUGAGCCCUCCCACAUCGCCAUGAGGGGGACGCAUGGCCACGCCCCCUACCCUGCUCAGCCAAUCAGCUCCCUCCACGCUCUGCCAUAUUCGCACUGACCACGCAUACCAGGUAAGAACAGUCAUGCACGUACAUACACCUUAUUCUCCAGCGGCAAUGGUACUCUCUGAUGCUAUAAACUCUUAGAAAAAAGGUGCUAUCUAGACCUUAAAAGGAUUCUUCGGCUGUCCAUGUAGGAGAACCCUUUUGGUUCCAUGUAGAAACCUUUUGGUUCCAGGUAGAACCCUUUCCACAGAGGGUUCUACAUGAAACCCAAAAGGGUUCUACCUGGCACCAAGGAGGGUUCUACUUGGAGCUGAAGAACCCUUUUGGAACCCAGAGAAUGUCCAGGGAUGGGUAAAAUCACAAAAUAUAAUUACAAAAUACCCAAAAGAUCAAUGUAUCAAAAUAAACUACAAAUUACUUGUAUUUAGAAAUGUAUUUAAUUAAAAUACAUGUAUUUUAAAAUACAGAAAUAGGUUUGCAAGUAGCCGGCCUGAACAGCAACAACAUUUUCAGUGACGGUUACAGAAAUGUAUUACUUGCUAUGACUGUGAUAUGUUGUUGUUUAUUUACCUUAUUUGAAUGCACUCUGUAAAGGCAUCCGCAUGCUUCCCAUCGUGCAUAUUCUAUGACGCAAUUUUGUGACGUUUUUGUUCAUUUUGGUCUUCGGCAAGGUUUUUUUUGUCAGUAGCCAAAGUCUACGCCCCUUUGUCAGUGAUUGGUCAACAGUAGGGAUUCUUCAAUGAAGUGUUUGUUGUCAAUCAACGAGAGAUGAAUCGUAUUCAUGAAAAAAAAUUCACUUGAGAAAUACUGAAACAAACAUCUUAGUUAGAUGUCAAAUGUAGCAACUAAGAGCAGCAAAAACGUCCAAAUUAAUGACAGAUUUCUUGAGUUAUUUUAGAUUAAUUCUGACUAUUUUGAGGAAAUGUAUACUGGCUACAGCAUCUCAAGAUAGACAAACAGUACUAUUGCCUAUUGUUUCUCAUUUUUCAAGCGAACACUCGUUCGGUUCGCCUAGCCGCCAACCGAACCGAAGCAUGCGGAACACUUAAGUCACUCUGGAUAAGAGUGUCUGCUAAAUGACCUAAAUGUAUAUGUGAAAAUUAACAUACCAAAAUGAACUACAAAGCACACUGGGUAUUAUUAUUGGCCUUUUUUGGGAUGCGGAGCUCAUUAGAAUACUCAGCAUGCUUUGCAAUUGUUCAUUUUUACAUAUACAUUUAUAUUUAGUUAAUUUAGCAGACGCUCUUAACACACCAUAGCGCCAUUAGACUUCUGAAAGGGGGCCACAAAAUGGUGAACCGCUAUAGCAAAUGGUAUAGAAAAGUAUUUAGUAUUUUGAAAAUACAAAUGACAGAUUAUGAAAGUAUCUUGUUACAAAAUACAUUGGAGUGUAGUUUAGCCCAGUGUAAUACAAAUUACAAAAUACUCAGAAGUAAUUGAAAUACAUGUAACAGAUACAAUACUGCCCAUCUCUGAGACUGACAUGUAGCUGUCAUCUACUUCCUGACAGGUAAUGUUAUGGUUCCCCUGGUCUGUACACAGGCUUAAUGCUACAUGGCAGAUGAAUAGGUUUCUAUAGAUGAGGUAGUCUCCUCUCUUUUACUCCAUCUUCUCUCUGUAUAGUAUCUAUCUCCCUUUUCUUUCUGCAUCAUUCUUUGUCGCUCAACCUCCCUCUACCUCCACUCAUUCACCCCUUCUCUCACCUCCUCCUUCUCUCUCCCCUACCUCUCUCUAUCUCCCCCCUCCCCCCUCUCUCUCUCUCUCGCUCUCUCUCUCUCUCUCUCUCUCUCUCUCUCUCUCUCUCUCUCUCUCUCUCUCUCUCUCUUUCUCUUUCUCUUUCUCUUUCUCUUUCUCCUUCCUCCUCUUCUCUCUGUCGCUCACUGUGGUGCGGUGCUAUGUUUUCCAGGCCACUGCUCCUUUGAGUAUUCCUGUGUGUUCGGAGCAGGCUGGUGGGAAUGAUGGGAUUGGGAAUUGGGAUGGGAUCAGUGUGUCCUGGCAGUCCCCUCCUGUCAUUUUUAAAGGCUUACCGGUGAGCAGGCUGCUUUCUCUCCUUCUGUCUUCAUCCUCACGUUCUCUCUCUAUUUCAUCACUCCCCACAUCUCUUCUACCUCUCUCACUCUGUUGCUCUUCCACUUCUCAUAUUUCUCACCCUCUCAUAUCUCCCUCUUCGCCCCACCCCAUCUCUCUCUCCCCCAUCUCUCAUCUCUCUACUCCCACUCCCUCGCUCCCCCCACCCCCAAACCUUUUUUUCAAUUUCUCUCUCCCCCACUCCUGUCAGGCUAGCUGCCUCCUUUCUUCUACCUCUGUCUCUACCCCAUAGCCCUUCUAUCUAGACAUGUUGCCUUUAGGGCUGAACUAGGAUCAGGUCCUCUUGUUGUCUUCUAUCUAGACAUGUUGUCUUCAGGGCUGAACUAGGAUCAGUUCCUCUUGUUGUCUUCUAUCUAGACAUGUUGCCUUUAGAGCUGAACUAGGAUCAGUUCCUCUUGUUGUCUUCUAUCUAGACAUGUUGUCUUCAGGGCUGAACUAGGAUCAGGUCCUCUUGUUGUCUUCUAUCUAGACAUGUUGCCUUUAGGAGCUGAACUAGGGUCAGUUCCUCUUGUUGUCUUCUAUCUAGACAUGUUGCCUUUAGGAGCUGAACUAGGGUCAGUUCCUGUUGUUGUCUUCUAUCUAGACAUGUUGCCUUUAGGAGCUGAACUAGGAUCAGGUCCUCUUGUUGUCUUCUAUCUAGACAUGUUGUCUUCAGGGCUGAACUAGGAUCAGCCUCUCCUGCCAGUGUGAAUAUUUUUAUCUGGUCAGGAAAAUCUCAGGGCACUAGGUGAAAGCUGCUAUGAUUGCUGCUAUGCUAUGAUUGAUUGGUAGAAUGCCCUUUGACCUGUGCUUGCCCCUGCAGGGCCCUUUGACUCACACCCGCACAGUGAGCUUCGGGGAGAAGAGACAGCCUGCCCUUCACACACACACCACCAUCAGCAAGACACCCGCCUCUACAGCCCCCCUGGCCAAAUCAGCACCAGGAACCAGGUACACAGAUUGUGUGGGUGUGUGUGUGGACCCUUCCUUUGUGAGUGUAUUUAUCAACUUCAUGGGAGUGUAGUGUGAAGUCUAACUGUGUGUCAUAUCUUUGAUUGCCAAGGAAACCCCGCGGAGAGGCCAAAAAGUGCCGGAAGGUGUACGGCAUGGAGAAGAGGGACAUGUGGUGCACAGCCUGCCGUUGGAAAAAAGCCUGUCAGCGAUUCAAUGAUUGA